AACCUCGGCGGAGCGAGCAGGACACGACUCGAGUACCGACGGGCGAGGGCGGCUCGUUUGAAAGUCAGCAGCCACGAACGCGACGCGGGGAAGGAAGACUCCUCCGCGGCCUCCAUCAUCAACCCACAGGUCUCCUCUCCUCUCCUAUCCCUCCUCCAUCCCCGGCCUUCAUUGCCCUGAACCUGACCUCCCAUCCACCUCCUCUGGGGUAUCUCCUCCUCGACAUCCCCCGAGUCACGACUCUGCUCUGAGCCUCUGAUUUCUUUGGAGGUUCUUUCAUUUUUUUUCCCUCUGAUUUCCCGAUAGGCUUCUCUGUGGACUGUGCCUGCGCUGCUUCGCUCCCAAAGUCGUCGUCUUUCUUGCUCCCGUGGGCGCGUCGCGCGUCCUUCUCCUGGAUUCAUGCCGCGUUAAUCCGGGGUUCGGGCGAUUUUUCGUAUUUUGGUUGCCGGUUUGAGCUUCCUUCGUUUCUUGGACCCGCCCACACCAGCCGGGGAUAGCUCCCCUGAUUCUUCCUCCAUUGGUUAAUCUCAAGUGCUUAGCAGCUCCAGUUCCCUUUCCAACCCGAGUGGUAAGCGGAGAAGGGAAAGGAAACCGGAGAGAAUCGCGGUUUCUCGGAACUCGGAUUGCUUCGAUUCGAUCGGAGGAGGCGUACGGACGCCCAAAUCGAAUUUCUUGGGAACAGUAGUAGAACGGAACAAGAUAAAAAAAACGUCCAAUUUUCCAAGAAAAAAAUGAGGCUGGUGGUGCGCGUGAUCGAGGCCCGGGGCCUCCCGGCGACGGACGCCGACGGGCCGCGGGACCCCUACGCCAGGGCGCAGCUGGGCAAGCAGCGGGCCAAGACCAAGGUGCUGCGGAAGACGCUCAGCCCCGCCUGGGACGAGGAGUUCGCCUUCCGGGUCGGGGACCUCAGGGACCAGCUCCUCGUCUCCGUGCUCCACGAGGACCGCUACUUCUCCGACGACGUCCUCGGCCAGGUCAAGGUGCCCCUCACCGCCGUACUCGACGCCGACAACCGCACGCUCGGGACGCAGUGGUACCAGCUGCAGCCCAAGAGCAAGAAGGCCAAGCUCAAGGAUUGCGGAGAAAUUUGCCUCACCAUAUCUCUAAGUCAAAAUCUCUCUGAAGAGACAGCGGCACUUGCACAUUGGGCUUCAGAUGACCUCGCAUCAAAUUCAGACAAAUCAGCUGAAUUAGUGAAAGGAUCUUCUUUGCCAAAUAUUCCAAUAGAAAUAUCCACAGCAGUAUCAGAGAGCGACGAGAUAGAAGUUAUCAAGGAGGAUAAAUCAAAUGGCGGUCCGUCAUUUGUUAACAAGCUGUAUCAAAUAUUUAAACCAAAAGACACUGAAGCUCCUGCUCCAUCUCUCUCCAAUCUGGAUAGCAGUCCAGAUGUUCUUGAAGAAACACCAUCAACCAGCUCGCAAUCUCCUGAGAAGCAGGAUCAGGAAGCUAGUGCAUCUAUGACAUUUGAUGAGCUACUGAAGGCAUUUGGUUCUCGGCAUGAAGGGAAGGAAAUGCCUGAAAAUUUUUCAGGUGGAGUACUCCUUGAUCAAGUUUAUGCUGUUGCACCAGGUGACUUGAACACACAUCUUUUCUCUCCAAGUUCAGACUUUCUGCAAUCGCUAGCAGAAAUUCAAGGAACUACUGGUCUUGAAAUUCAACAAUGGAGACUUGAAAAUGAUGGUGAAAUCUUGAAUAGGGUCGUAAGCUACACAAAAGCUCCUACUAAAUUAGUUAAGGCUGUGAAAGCGACAGAGGACAUGACAUACUUGAAGGCAGAUGGAGAGAGGUUUGCAGUUUUAGCAUCUGCUAGUACUCCUGAAGUUCCUUUUGGCAAUAAUUUCAGAGUGGAGGUUCUAACCUGCAUAAUGCCAGGGCCUGAACUGCCAGAUGAUGAAAAAUCAUCACGUCUUGUAGUCUCUUGGCGCUUAAAUUUUCUCCAAAGUACCAUGAUGAAGAGCAUGAUUGAAAAUGGGGCACGACAAGGCUUGAAGGAUAACUAUGCUCAGGUCUCUGAGCUCCUUGCUCGAACUUUUAGGCCAGUUGAUGCAAAAGAUACAACAGACAGUAAUGAAGUCCUGUCUUCUGUGCAACCAGAACAAGAAUCUGAUUGGAAGCUAACAUUUCGAAUAUUUGGAAAUUUUACUCUUUUAUCCUCAGUUUUUGCAUUUGUAUAUGUUUCUGCGCACAUCAUCCUUGCAAAUCCUAGUGUAAUUCAAGGUCUCGAGUUCCCAGGCCUGGACUUGCCAGAUUCUGCUGGUGAAGUUGUAGUUUGUGGGGUUCUUGUUCUACAAGGACAGCGUGUCCUAAAUAUGAUUGGACGGUUCAUCCAGGCGAAGAGGCAGAGAGGUGAUCAUGGAGUCAAAGCUCAAGGGGAUGGCUGGUUGCUGACUGUUGCUCUGAUUGAGGGAACCAACUUGGCAGCAACCAAAUCAUCUGGCUUCUCUGAUCCAUAUGUUGUGUUUACAUGCAAUGGAAAGACAAAGACAAGUUCUAUUAAGUUUCACACACUUGAGCCUCAAUGGAAUGAAAUUUUUGAAUUUGAUGCCAUGGAAGAUCCUCCAUCAGUGAUGGAAAUAGACGUGUAUGAUUUCGAUGGACCCUUCGAUGAAGUUGCCUCCCUUGGUCAUGCUGAAGUGAAUUUCUUGAAAUAUAAUAUAUCUGAGCUUGCUGACAUUUGGAUUCCUCUUAAGGGAAAGCUGGCUCAAGCAUGUCAAUCAAAAUUGCAUUUGAGAAUAUUCUUGAACAAUACAAGGGGUACUCAAAUUGUGAAGGAUUACCUGGACAAAAUGGAGAAAGAAGUUGGCAAAAAGAUUGCUGUGAGGUCUCCUCAUGCAAAUUUAGCAUUCCAGAAAAUCUUUUCUUUGCCACCAGAAGAAUUUCUUAUCAAUGAUUUUACUUGUCACUUAAAGAGGAAAAUGCUAACACAGGGUCGCCUUUUUCUUUCUCCAAGAAUAUUUGGGUUUUACACAAACCUUUUUGGCCAUAAAACAAAAUUUUUCUUUCUUUGGGAAGAUAUUGAAGAAAUCCUAGUGGUCCCUGCAACCCUGGCUUCAAUGGGAAGUCCAUCUCUGGUGAUUAUUCUUCGCAAGGGCAGAGGAAUCGAUGCAAAGCAUGGAGCAAAGCAACUGGACAGCGAAGGAAGACUCAAGUUUCAUUUCCAGUCUUUUGUCUCAUUCAAUGUCGCACAUAAAACAAUAAUGGCACUGUGGAAGGCAAGGUCCUUGACCCCUGAACAAAAAGUACAGCUUGUAGAGGAGGAAUCAGAAACAGAAGACUUCCAAAAUGAGGAAGGUGGGUCUUUCUUGGGGAUAGAAGAUGCCAAAAUGUCCGGAGUGUUUUCAUCUACAAAACCUUUUGAUGUAUCAACAGCCAUGAGCAUUUUUGAGGGUGGUCCUUUGGAGCGUCGGGUGAUGGAGAAAGUUGGCUGUGUGGACUACUCUGUUACAGAAUGGGAAUCUGUCAGAGCUGAUGUUUACCAGAGACAAGUGCAUUACAAGUUUGACAAGAGAUUGGCACAGCACGAGGGAGAAGCAAUAAGCACCCAACAGAAGUCCCCUUUGCCUAAUAAGAAUGGCUGGCUUGUUGAAGAAGUGAUGACAUUUGAAGCUUCAUAUUCGAUAUCAACUGGAGAGCAAUACAUCCAAGCAGAAGACUUGUACCGUCCAAGUAUCCAUUGGCAUAGUAUGGUUAAAGAGCUGCAAGAAUCGGAAGAAGAUCACGCAGGAUGUAACAUCCAGUGCAUCUUCACACCUCAAGAAGAUAUUCAGCCAACUCGAGAAGGAAUCUAUAUCAGCCAAGUAGGAAUCCCAUUUUGACAACGUCCUACUUUUGCUAAUGCACAAGUGCACAUACGGAUCACCAGAAAGCAUGUUCCGGCAAUAUAGUGUCUUUUACGACUGCUUGCUGCCAUGUUGAGCAAAGAUCAGUGACAUGAUGAAUAACUUUCAAUAUAAGGCAAAGCCCUCAGCAAAAAUUUUACAAAGCAAGGGCCUCAUCACAAGAUUUUAGAUUGGACAAUGGAGUACUAACUGCAGAGCCUGGAAUGUGUUUUAGCUGCCUAUGAUUACAGAAUGUUCAAAUGUUGUUCUGACUUCUACAGAAGGUUAGAGAAUCUGAACCUGAUCCUUUUAGUUAGAUUAGAGACACAGAUAGGGUCAUGAAUCACAGAAAACAUACCCCACCCACCCACCCAACCAACCAACCACACCCCCUUGCAUCAUCUGUUGUUACUAACAAGAUCGGAAGGAAAAUAGUACAAAAACUGUGUUUUCACUUCAUGUCACAAUGAUGGGCUGGCUUCAUUAGUUUCCUACCCUCAAGAAUUAGACGCAGGGGUUCUCUACUGAAUCCUGAAUGAUCCACGACUACAGGAAUCGCCUUUGCUCUCUUUUCUUAUGGGUGCUAUAAUGUUAAUUUGGUGAAAAACGAUAUUGACAAGGCAGUUUGCAAAAUGAAGGAACUUAAGUGUGUCAACAACUCAGAAUAGCUGAUGUUAUUGUGCCAUCAAGGGGUUUGAUUCGAAUUCUGUCUAGAAGAUUAUGUUACUGUUUGAUGCUACCACAUGAGAUUACUAUGCAUAUAUUUGCUGUUCGUGCAUCCAGAUUUUUCCGGAUAAAGUAAAAUCAAUAUAUUUUUUUUCAUGCUA